AUUUACAUUUCUUAAGGUGAACCAGACCUGGCAGCUGCUUCAACUUUCUAUUUAAUUUCCUUUUAAUACCUUGUAUCACUUCCCUUAACGAUCCUGCUGGAAAGAAAAUGGACGCUAAUUAGGUUUUGUGGAAUGUUUGAACCAAAUAAUGGUUGUUGCUAUCUCUCCACCAUUUCUCGUUGCUAUUGCUGCUGAAAUCUGCUACAGAUGCCGUCCAACUGUGGAGACUGUCUUGUGACCUUCAACUGUAAUUCAGGCCUCGGCUGCAGAACAGGCUUGAAGGUCAUAAUUUCUCUGGAAUUGUCAGUGUGGGAAUCCAAGCAGGGUCUCACUCUGUGGACUACAGAUGUUCAAGAUUUUUGGGGAUGUUUUGAUGUCGUUCAAAGUCAAAGGAAGGAAGGGACGUGUAGUGGAUUCUCUGUCAGAGACGGUGGCAGAUGAACCACGGGUACUCUGUAUUAUUCAGGACACCACAAAUGCCAAGUCGGUCACUCAGCGGAUCACUCUCAACCUCCCUGCAUCAACUCUCGUCAAUCAGCUGUUUGAUGAUGUCUCAGCUAAAGCAGGCUAUAUUAAUGGCACCUUCGAUCUGGUCUGGAGCAACGGUCUUAACAAUCCUGACCAGAGCCCUUUGGAUUACACCAGUGAAAAAUCUCUUACUGAUUCGGGAUUUGAAGCAGGAAAGAAAAACUUCCUUCACCUUACUGAUAAGGAUGGAGAGCAGCCCCAGUUUGCAUCGGAUGAAUCUGGCACGGCAGAAAGCAGUGGGCAUGACCUCAGCACUCAGGAAAGGAUUAUUGGUCCUCAGCUGAGGGAGAACUCUGUCGGUUGUGGCGAUUACAGUAAUCACAGCUACUCAUAUUCUCCCAUCUUGGGAAAGUCUGAAACUGGAUAUGUGGGAUUGGUGAAUCAAGCUAUGACCUGCUACCUGAACAGUUUGCUGCAGACGCUUUUUAUGACUCCUGAGUUUAGGAAUGCACUCUACAGGUGGGAGUUUGAAGAAGGUGAGGAAGAUCCGGUCACCAGCAUUCCAUACCAACUCCAAAGGCUCUUUGUUUUGCUACAAACGAGUAAAAAGAGAGCGGUGGAAACGACAGAUGUGACACGAAGCUUUGGCUGGGAUAGCAGCGAAGCCUGGCAGCAGCAUGACGUUCAGGAACUGUGCCGAGUCAUGUUUGAUGCACUCGAACAAAAAUGGAAGCAAACAGAACAGGCUGACCUCAUUAACCAGCUCUACCAAGGGAAGUUAAAGGACUACGUGAAGUGUCUGGAGUGUGGCUACGAGAGCUGGAGAAUUGAUACGUACCUCGACAUCCCACUGGUGAUCAGGCCCUAUGGUUCCAACCUUGCAUUUAAUAGUGUGGAAGAAGCUUUGCAAGCGUUUGUCCAGCCUGAGACCCUGGAUGGCCCCAACCAAUACUUCUGUGAACGCUGUAAGAAAAAAUGUGAUGCCCGCAAGGGACUAAAGUUCCUUCAUUUCCCGUAUCUGCUGACACUGCAGCUGAAGCGAUUUGAUUUUGACUACACCACAAUGCACAGAAUAAAGCUGAACGAUCGAAUGACGUUUCCAGCCGAGUUGGACAUGAAUCCUUUCAUAGACUUUGAAGAAGAAAAAUCUCCUCAGACUGAGAGCUGCACAGAUAGUGGUGCUGAAAAUGAAGGGAGUUGUCACAGUGAUCAGUUGAGCAAUGACUUCUCCAAUGAUGAUGUUGUGGACGAAGGCAUCUGCCUGGACAAUAGCAGCACUAGCGAUAAAACUUCAAAGGCAGGCAACGAAAAGAGUGGCUGGAUUUAUGAACUCUUCUCGGUUAUGGUUCAUUCAGGCAGUGCCGCUGGUGGACAUUACUACGCCUGUAUUAAAUCAUUCAGUGAUGGGCAAUGGUACAGUUUCAAUGAUCAGCAUGUGAGCAGGAUCACUCAAGAUGAUAUUAGGAAAACAUAUGGUGGCUCCGCAGUGACCAGAGGUUAUUACUCAAGCGCCCUUGCUAGCUCGACCAAUGCGUACAUGUUAAUUUACAGACAAAAGGAGUCCACAAGGAAUGCAAAGUUCUUGGAGGUGCAUGACUUUCCAAAGCACAUUGAACACCUGGUCCAGAAGGAGAAAGAAUCAGAAGAACAAGAAAAAAGGCAGAAGGAAAUUGAACGCAACACUUGCAAGAUUAAAUUAUUCUGCAUGCACCCUGUGCGGCAGAUAAUGAUGGAGAACAAACUGGAGGUCCACAAGGACAAAUCAUUGCGGGAGGCUGUGGAGAUUGCAUGCAAGCUCAUGGGCCUGAAAGAUGUACUUCCGCUGGAUUGCUGCCGGCUGGUCAAGUACGAUGAGUUCCAUGAUUACUUAGAGCGUUCAUACGAGGGUGAGGAAGAUACUCCUAUGGGUCUACUCCUGGGCGGAGUCAAGUCCUCUUACAUGUUUGACUUGCUGCUCGAAACAAAGCAACCUGAUCAGAUUUUCCAACCGUACAAGUCAGGAGAAGUGAUGGUGAAGGUGCACGUGGUUGACCUGAAGACAGAAACGCUGGCUCCGCCCAUCAGUGUUCGGGCCUAUCUUAACCAAACAGUGGCCGAGUUCAAACAGAUCAUUUCCCAGGCGACAGGACUGUCUGCUGAACAUAUGCGCAUUGUCCUGGAGCGCUGUUGCAAUGACCUGCGGCUGCUUCAUGUACUCAGCAAGACACUGAAGGCUGAAGGAUUCUUCCGCAGUAAUAAGGUAUUUGUCGAAAGCUCGGACACGCAGGAUAAUCAGGUGCCAUUCACUGAAUCACAUCUUUGGCAUCUGCUGGACCAGCACUCCAACACCAUUCGGUUGUAUGUUUCAUUACCAGAGCAGUCACCCGGCUCCCAGGGACUGAGGUACCUGCAUCAGAAAGCAGCAGGGGAUCCCACCAGCCAGGAGGACAGCUGUGAGUCUACAAGGGGGUCUUCGGCACGCAGGAAGCCAGUGGAGGCAAUUUUGGAGGAGAGCACAGAGAGACUAAGAAACCUUUCACUGUUGCAGCACCAGCAACAGUCUUCCUGCAGUUUGGGAGGGAAUGGCGAUGGGCCGAGAAGUGCCGAAGGCAGUGACUUUGAAACAAUUGAGUCCCCAUCUCAACAUCUUAAAUUGUCGGUGUCUGCGGACAACAGAGAACUGGAGAACCGGAUUCCGUCUUGUGAUGCUGAGGCACCAUUGCAGUCAGAGGAGCGGUCGGACUCCGAUGUAAACAACGACAGGAGCACCAGCUCUGUGGACAGUGACAUCCUCAGCUCUAGCCACAGUAGUGACACUCUGUGCAAUGCCGACACUGUCCCCAUGUCCCUAACCAAUGGCUUGGACUCCCACAGCAUCACGUACAGCCGCCGCUCAAAGGCCAGCGAAGGGAAGAAGGAAACAUGGGACACAGCAGAAGAGGACUCGGGGACGGAUAGUGAGUACGAUGAGAACGGAAAGGGCAGAGGACUUGCACGGAAUAUUUACUUCAAAGCAGAACAGUGCACAUCAGAGGAUGGAUCAGGUGAUGGACAGAGAAAUUUGUUGGUGUUUGUUGAUAAACGCAUCACCCUGGCUGCAUUCAAGCAGCAGUUGGAGCCUUAUAUCGGAGUUCCAUCGUCCCAGUUUAAGAUCUUCCGAGUCUAUGCUAACAGCCAGGAGUUUGAGAGUGUUCGAUUAAGUGAAACUCUUUCAUCAUUCUCUGAUGACAAUAAGAUAACUAUUCGACUUGGGAGAGCUCUGCGGAAAGGAGAAUAUCGUGUUAAAGUGUACCAGCUGCUGGUGAAUGAUCCAGAGCCUUGUAAAUUUCUCCUCGAUGCUGUGUUUGCUAAAGGCAUGACAGUGCGUCAGUCAAAGGAGGAACUUCUGCCACAGCUGAGAGAGCAGUGUGGCCUCGAUCUCAGCAUCGACAGGUUUAGGCUGAGGAAAAAGACUUGGAAGAAUCCUGGAACAAUCUUUCUGGAUUACCAUGUCUACGAGAAUGACAUUAACAUCUCAAGCAACUGGGAGGUUUUCCUCGAGGCACUUAAUGAACCUGAGAAGAUGAAGUCCCUGUCCCAGCUGGCAGUGCUGACCAGGCAAUGGAGGCCAUCACAGAUGAAGCUGGACUCGUUCCAGGAGGUUGUCCUGGAGAGUAGCAGUGUGGAAGAACUGAAGGAGAAGUUACACGCAAUAAGUGAAAUUCCCAUUGAGAACAUCGAAUUUGCCAAGGGCAGGGGGACGUUUCCAUGUGAUAUUUCGGUGUUGGAAAUACAUCAAGAUUUAGACUGGAAUCCCAAAGUCACAACUCUGAAUGUCUGGCCACUUUACAUCUGUGACGAUGGAGCAGUCAUCUACUACAGGGACAGAACCGAGCCGCUGAUGGACAUGACUGAGGAACAGCGCAGUGGCCUGUUGAAGAAGGAGAGCAGCCGUCUGCAGAAAUCGGGCCACAGGGUGAACUACUCUCCCCGCAAGGAGAAAGCACUGAAAAUCUACCUGGAUAGCGGCCCCAGCAAGGAUUCCAGCCAAGACUGAGACCUGGCCCGGUUCACUCUAGCUCAGCUCUCUGCUCAAUGGAAACAGAACCAAUUCACCACUGCUGUGGCUGCCCCCAUUCAUCAUUAGGUCUACCUAAUGACACCAGCACUGAUUGGCUAUUUUUGCCCACCAAUCGGAAACCGAGUGGGGACGACCAACUCCAAAUCAUGUUGUGCACUAUCAUAUAUCGUCCUGUCAAGGAAGUGCAAACCAUGAGGGAAAGUUAGGGUAUAAUGUGGGCUCUGCACAUACUCAAUGGAAAAGCUAGACCCCCUUCACACAUGGGAUUCUGUAGCUGAAUAAAGGCUGUGCACGGUCCAAAGAAUUUGUCAUUUAUUUUCAGCAUGUAUCUCAUUGGUGAAUUUUAAAAUAAGGUGUACUAUAUCUGGGAUAGGGAGGGAGAGCUUUGGGGAUGGGGAGCCGUGACAUCCAGACGAAAGGGUCUGUGAAUGAGUGUUCUUAGUGACUUUUGCUUGGCCUGAAGUUCUGUGCUUAUGGUUUAAAAGUCUGUGCCCUUGCAUCUUGUCAGAGGCAAAUCAGGAUUGUAACUUUUUUUUGGGUUCCCAAGUCGUGAUUUCUAGGAUCGGACGCUCAUAUCGCUGGGUGGACGAUGUGACAUGGACAUCAGCUGCAGCUUGGCGGAUAAUUCACUGGGCUGGGGUGGAGUUACCCUCUCCCACCCUCUCUCCAAAACUGCCUCAGGUACACAUAUCAAGCCACACCGUCCCUGUGGUGAACUCCUACACGGCUGCUUGAAUUUGUAGGGGUUUUUUUUAGGUGUUUUCUUUCCUGUCUGGUUGCGAUUUGGACAUCAAAAAUUUUGAUGCCUCUGUUAAUUCUUUUGGUCUUCAUCACUCAAGUCCACCUUGGUUCCAAUGUUUGCUGUACUUUUGUGACCCUGUGCCAGAUGGUUUGAGUGGUUUGUGAAUCUUGCAGAAAUUGAUUUUAAUUCUAUGAUGUAUUUAAUUCAUUCGACGGAAAUGGGAGCAGUUCUUCUCGUAGAGUUUGAAUUUAUUCCAUUCUAUUCAGCAAAGAGGCAGUUGAGACAAUUUUUGUUUCAUGGCUGGCUCCACCUCAAACACUCAUCUGAGAAUCUCUAGCGACUGGAAGCUCCCCUCUUGCGAAACCUCCACCACGGUUUUCCUCAGAACUUUUCGGAAGUUCUCAUUUUUUAAUGACUCAAAUGGAUCAUCAAAGAUGCAUUUUGGUGAAUAUUUUUUCAUACCCAAUGCUGGUCACGAAUGAGUAACAUGCCAAUAAAACGCUGAUUUGUUCUA